UGAACGGGACGCGUGAACGCGCGAGGCAGACGAGAUCGUGCGGUAACCGAAGGGACCGCUGUACUGAGUUAAGGGAGGAGGUGCGUCUCAGGAGAACGCCUACAGGAACUCUUUCAUUUACACACAUAAAGCAUCCGUUUUCCAAGCACCUUGUGGGGUUUUUUUUGUUUUAAAUACGUUCACCUCCAACCACAUCGUGUAACGCAGAAAAAUAUGGGGAACCGAGUGGCUCGUGAGGACUUCGAGUGGGUGUACACGGACCAACCGCACGCCGACAGGAGAAAAGAGAUCCUGGCUAAAUAUCCAGAAAUCAAGUCCUUGAUGGGUCCUGACCACAGGCUGAAAUGGAUUGUGUGCAUGAUGGUGGCCAUUCAGUUUUUAGCUUUCUACCUGGUCAAAGACUUGGACUGGAAAUGGGUUCUGUUUUGGACUUAUGCGUUUGGCAGUUGUAUCAACCACUCAAUGACCCUUGCCAUUCACGAGGUCUCCCACAACACAGCCUUUGGAAACAAUAAGGCCAUGUGGAACCGCUACUUUGCCAUGUUUGCCAACCUGCCCAUUGGCCUGCCCUACUCUGCUUCCUUCAAGCGCUACCAUCUCGACCACCACCGUUACCUGGGCGGAGACGGCGUCGAUGUAGACAUUCCCACUGCUUUUGAAGGCUGGUUUUUCUGCACGCGCUUCAGGAAAUUCAUCUGGAUCAUUCUGCAGCCACUCUUCUACGCCAUCAGACCUCUUUGUAUCAACCCCAAACCCAUCAGCCAGCUGGAAGUCAUUAACUUGACGGUCCAGCUCACAUUUAAUGUUCUGCUCUACUGGCUGUGGGGGGCAAAGCCUGUGGUCUACAUGCUGGCUGGCUCCAUGUUGGGGAUGGGCUUGCACCCCAUCUCUGGUCACUUCAUAGCUGAACACUACAUGUUCCUCAAAGGCCACGAGACCUACUCUUACUACGGCUCCCUCAACCUGCUAACGUUCAACGUGGGCUACCACAACGAGCACCAUGAUUUCCCCAGUAUUCCGGGACGCAGGCUUCCUUUGGUGAAGAAAAUUGCAGCAGAGUAUUACAACGACCUGCCUCAGUACACAUCGUGGGUGAAGGUGCUGUAUGACUUUAUCAUGGACGACGCACUCAGUCCUUACUCGAGAGUCAAGAGGAAGCUGAAGGGAGAAGUCAAACAGGAGUAAUCUGGCGGAAGGUCACAGCGUCCAACCAAGUCAGCUAAAUCUGCUAACCCUCCUAAAAUUCACCAGCUUCUGCUGAUAAGUAUAUUUGCAACCUUUUGACACGGGUGUGGACUACUGAAGUGUGGGUGAAUAACCAUAAUUAUAUAUAUAUAUAUAUAU